CUGCGCCCUGAGUUGCCGGGUCGUGGGAGCCGUUGAGCUCGGUAGUGAGAAGCAAGGAGGCUUCCCGUGGCCGGCCCCCUCCCCCGGCAAGGGGUGGUGUAGCCCAGCUCUGUUAGCGGUCAUCUGGCAGCGGUGAGAGGUAGAACAGGGCCCCGUAUCAACUCAACUCUUCCUCUGUAAGACAGAAUAAAUAUAAAGCAAUCUUUUUGAUAGGGACGAUGAUGGUUUAGCUGGGUUUUGCUUAAAAUUAAUAGUAAAGAAAUAAAAAUGCCUAAUACACACACAAAAAUAAAAGAGUGCAGCCUCUUCACAAAAAAAUAAAAUACAAUAUAUAUAUACAAUAAGAAUAGCAAAGUGGUCUGCCCACAAAAUUUUACUCUAAUUCUUUCCUUCACUUUCUUUCUUUUCUUCUAUCUGUCCAAUCUCUUACUCUUCCCCGUCUUUCUGUAAAAAAAAAAAAAAAAAAAAAAGAAAAAAAAAAAAAAGAAAACGCACACUCGUUCUCACAGCAGUACGGCGACACUAUGCCUCCCAAAGCAUCAGGAAAGGCUGCCAAGAAAGCUGGCAAGGCACAGAAGGCCAUUGCCAAGGGCGACAAGAAGAAGAAGCGCAGGAGGAAGGAGAGCUACUCCAUCUACAUCUACAAGGUGCUCAAGCAAGUCCACCCAGACACUGGCGUGUCCUCCAAGGCCAUGUCAAUCAUGAACUCGUUCGUGAAUGACAUUUUCGAGCGCAUCGCUGCCGAGGCAUCCCGCCUGGCACACUAUAACAAGCGCUCCACCAUCACCAGCCGGGAAAUCCAGACCGCUGUCCGUCUUCUUCUGCCUGGUGAACUGGCAAAACACGCUGUUUCUGAAGGCACCAAGGCUGUUACCAAGUAUACCUCCUCCAAGUAAACAGGCGGCCAGUAUACUGCUGCCAGUAUAAAAUAAUACCCGG